AUGGAGAAGGCAAACGGACUUAAUAAUCUGUGCGCUGAAGAUAAAAAUCCGAAAAUCAUGAAGUUCAAAGAAGGCAUGUCAUUUAUUUGGAAGAGAACAAGAGAAGGGCAAAGUCUCCGGAGAGCUUGUUCAGAAAGUUUUCUUUUCAGCGGCGAGUGGCUGCGAUUAACAAACACAAAUAAGACAGGAAGAAGCAAAGAGGAAGAACAGAAUGACGCAAGUUGCGGGACUCUUCGAAGAACUGUUAAAGUUGAACACACUGGUCCUGUGAGGACAACAAGAACUGAAUUACUACCCGUGAAAUCAUGUCUUCGUCGAGAGCAACAGGGCUCACCAUCGACUCCGUCUCCAAAUUGCAGACGUGUCACAUUUUCCAUGUAUGCUUUGAUUCUUACUGCUGCGAGCCAGAACUCUGUAUCUGAACUGGAAGACCUCUUGGAUAAAAAGCCUUGGUAUAUUAAUAAACCGAGUUCGUCUGGAGAGACCGCUCUUCACAAGGCCGCCGCUAAAGGAAGUUUAGACUGUGUUAAACUACUCGUACAAAGAGGAGCGAAUGUUAACUUGGUUGACAAGCAAGGUAGAACUCCACUGCUUAUAGCGUGGGAGAACGAACACCUCGAGUGUCAUAAACACAUGCUAACAUCAGUGAAAUUAAAUCACUGUAGUUGA